AUGAAUGUGGGCAGUCCUAGUACCCCGUGCAAGGUCUCCGCCGCAGACAAGCCAAUGACGCGAAUCUACGUCGGACACCUGAGGCCCUAUAUCACACGGGCUCAACUUAUGCAGUAUUUCUGCAAGUAUGGCAAGAUUGAACACGUCUUUGUGGCCAAACAGAAGGAUACGCAUGCAUCUCUCGGCUUUGGAUUUGUGCAAUUUGCGGAUGCAAGUGCUGUUAAAAAAGUGCUGACCUCUGGUCCGCACAAUAUUCGAAAUGCCGAACUUGUUAUUAGGCCCGUGCGCGAGGGCGGUACGCAGGCGAAUGACGGAUAUGAGGGGUGA